AUGCUCGUUUCCAGGCAAUGCGAGUCUGAGCAAAACCAGUGGCCUUUCGGAAAGCCCGCUCCUAGUACACGGAUGUCGACCCAUUACGAGCCUCCGUUGUCGACGCAGCCGGACUGGCCGGGAUCUUAUCCCUCCUUUCUCCCGCCUGGAGACAAUAUAUUUGGUCAAAGUUAUGAGCAUGUCUCCGGUUCGACUGACAAUGCGCAGCAAACAGCGUCGCAGCCACGAUCGACGGUGACGGAGAACACUGCAGGGGGAGCGGACAACAAGUCACCAAUCAACAGCAACUUGCCGGGUCUAGGUGAUCGACGAAGCUUCGAUCCCUUGGGAUUGAGGCAGAAGGCGCCGUCGCCGAUUCAGGAGCAGCCUGAGGAAAAGGGGGAUAUGUACUCUCACAAAGCUUCCCAAUCAAACCAACAGGAACAACGAAAUGCAUCUGGUGAGCACCAUGGUUUGAGACUCAACACGGACUCGUUGAUGUCGGCACCGACUGGAGGACAAGGGCAGGACCUUUUGACGACUAGGCUUGGUGCAAAUGAGGGCCAGGGGGUCAAGGAAGAGGAGGAUGACGGACUAGAUGACGAGGAUAUGUUAGAUGAGGGAGACGAGGACGGCGGGGACGGCUCGUCGCAGCCUCAGACAGCCGCAGAGAGGACUGCACAAAGGAGGAAGAUGAAGCGCUUCAGGCUCACGCACCAGCAAACACGAUUUCUGAUGAGCGAGUUUGCAAAACAGCCUCAUCCAGAUGCAGCACAUAGGGAACGGCUCUCCAGGGAGAUUCCUGGUCUUAGCCCGAGGCAGGUCCAGGUCUGGUUUCAAAAUAGGCGAGCAAAGAUCAAGCGUCUCACGGCGGACGACCGAGAUCGCAUGAUCAAGAUGAGAGCCGUCCCGGACGACUUCGACAACGUGCAGGCCUUACACUCUCCAUAUGGAGCCGUGCAUACUCUAGGUACCCCCAUCAGCUCGCCGGUAGACUUCUCCGGGUCCUCUUACGCCGAGCACAUGAUGCGACCCCUGAUGGUGGACGUUCGAAGGGGCGAUGCCGCCGACGACCACCUGUCUCCCACGGGCCUCAGCCCAGCCUUUGGCAGCAUCGGGUUCAACCCAUCAGCCAAUAUGGGCAAUUCUGACAUGCUGUCACCGAUUUCUUCCGCUACUGGUGACCGCUAUGGCUACCCGGGGCAGCUCUCAUCGCCAUUGAGCGCAGCACCGCGGACCUCCAACCCCUUCAACAGGCAAGAUGCAAGCAUGCAGAUGCAUGCCCAUCACCAGCGCCAAGGAAUCAGAUCACUUCAGCCACUGCAGCUACGUGAGACCAUGUCACGGUCGAGGUCGGAUUCGCUCCAAUCGCCAUUGAGGUCGAGCAUGUCUUGGAAAGGAGACUCAAUUGACUACUCUACAUACCAUGGACCACAAAGCCCACAUCUCCCCGGACGUCACUCGUCAAUAUAUCAGGCUGGCAGUGACAGCAUUGGCACGCCCUCGACGAUGGCUGGCUAUGAUUCGAGCACCUAUACCGGCUCCACCGUCCACUCGCCCACGCACAUGACGUAUCCGACUUUUCAGUCAAGCAGCAUCCAAAACAGCAACCAAAACCGCACCAACAGAAUUCGGUCCGUUUCUGCUGCGGCGACAAUGCAGCCUCUGAGCCUGGACCUGAGGUCAAGCCCAUACCGACCGCCUGGUCAAGGGCUGGCGGCUCAAUCACCAACGGCGCAGACGCGGACGGCAUCGACCUCGCACAUUGGCGGCUCGUCCUCCAGCUACUCUGCCAGCUUCCCAUCGGCACCUCUGACGGCGCCCGUCGACUUCAGCCUGCCGCGGACGCCCAGCUACCGCUCACAGACGGAGUUCCCGCAGAUGAGCGCACCAAUUGCACCGCCCAACGACUUCUCCCAAGCAUUCCAGAGCAUUGGCGGAGGUGCCGGGAGGACAUCGAUACGUGACGGCGGCUCGGGUACUACGCUGCAUCCCAUCGGUGGCGGAGCGGGCAGCCAGGCAGUCGGGUCAGUGGUGUCACCGCCUAAUAGGUCACCCGAAUAUACCACGUCUUCGGACGCCGCACUCAAGAGAAAGCAGAGCUUCGGGACUGGAGCGGGGGCAACCUCGGGUUCUGCACCUUAUGGGACUGCGAACUGA